AUUUCAAUCAAUCACAUGUAGCCACUGUGCCCAGUUUUUUUACUUGAACGCCCGCUGGAAGCCCAAACGGCUAACACUCGCAUCCCAUGCGCCGGAUCCGCAACCGGAAAUAAGGGCCGUACAACGUAGUCCUAUUUCCGUUAUACAAACGUUCCAAUAUCAGCGCGACUUUUAAUUUUUUCGUGAUAGUACGACUUUAGUCUUGCUUGUUUUUUGGUGUUAUUUUGACAUGUUGAGAUAUAAUGUUUUUGGAGGUUUUUUGCACAUAUUCACUUGGAAGCAUGUUUUCAUGCAUUAGCUAUUUAAUAAUAUUAACUAAUUUUAGGCUGAAUUUAUUAAAAAAAAACAACAUUUGUUCAUUUGGUCAGAAGUGUAUCAUAAGAAAAGCCGUAACAAUGCAAACAUGGUGAUAAUGACUGAGACCAAUGCAGUCAUCAUUGACAAUUUUUUAAUAGCUGCAGCCAGAUUUUGAAAUACACAGUGCCUUAGUGUUGCUGGUAGAUCAAAUUCUCGACAUCACAUGGGAACAAAUUCUAUAUAUUGAAUUUUUAAUUUGAAUGCAAUUAAUCUUAGUUUCACCGACAGAUGUACCACAGUGAUGGAAAAAAGAAAGUUUGGAGAAGAACCCAAAUGGUAUUGAUGGAUAAACAAGAUGAAAGUUCAUCUAAAUUUGACAUGCAGUAGAAAAUUUGAACCCAGUAAAAAAAAAAGAGGUAAUUUUUUAACACACAACAAAAAACAGCUUUUUUUUGACACUCUUCCUGGAGAUCAGGUUCAGGUCACAAGAAGAAGACGACAUCUACAGUUAUAGUAACUCUAUCUGUGAGUGAGAACCAGACAUCUAACAUCUGCACUGCGUGUUGAUGAGUUUCAACUACAAUCACCAAUGUCGCUGCGCUUUGUUAUAAUUAGUAGUUGUGAUCAACAAAAAAGGCAAAACAAUAUGUAAGGAACACUGUGUUACAGCAUUUAGUUUCUAACUUGAGCCCCAUGAUGGAAUAAAUGCCUUACAAUAAAUAAGGUCACCUGCUUGUUGUCCGUCUGACCGUCACAUUUAGUCUUUUUUUAUGUGGAUUCUGGGAUUUUUUUUCAUGUCUAAAUAAGACAGAAACUUUAAAAAUGUUGGAACUAUUUGCUUAAUCAUACAAAACAAAGGCAGCCAUGCUAAUUAUUGGGGCGGUCAUGCCACACACCAUACAGCCCAUCAGUGACAUUUCCACUUAAAUUCAAAUUUUUGACCUUUUUAAUUUUCAAAAUAAAGUUAUAUACAUAUAUUGUAAAAUUGGAGGGAUGUAAUACCUCUUUCUAUUACUAAUGAUAAUGUAUUUCCCAUUAAGAACGUUAUCAAAAAUGACACUAUGUUUUUGAAUGUGUUUUCAGGUGGUGGAAUAUGUCCAUAGCUGUCACCCGUCCUCUGUGCUGGUGGCAGUAAGUGAGGGUUCAAGCUCAGGGAUUCUUCUCUCCUACUUAGGUGAAUGUGGAUCAGGCACAUACCUGACUGCAGCUGCAGAUAUUUCACCAGUGCUUCUGGGUCAACUCUGGUUUGAAACCGUUAUGCUUCCUAUUUAUCGCUGGGGGGCACUGUUUCAGCGGAAACUGCAGCUCUGUCGAUAUACAAGUUCCUUCAGAACCGUCCUUGAUGUGGACCGGGUUUUGAGCUUGUCCUCUCUCCGAGCCUUUGAAGAAACUAAAUCUACAACAUGUUUUAAACUCAGGAUUAAGACCUGGUCCUCAUCGUGCCACGGGCGUAGAACUAUCGGGAACAUGGAGCCUGGGAGACAGGAUCCGGCUAAGGACUGGGACAGUUACUGGGAGAGGAACGAACCACUGAGGGACGCAGAUGAAGUGGCCGUGCCAGUGCUGUGUAUAUGCAGCCGUGACAACCCUCUCCUCCCCCCGGCCUCCACAUUACCCAUCACACUUUUCCAGAGCAACCCUUACUUCUUUCUGGUUUUAACAGAGAAGGGAGGGCACUGUGGAUUCAACAUAGGAGACAAAGGUGAUAAAGAGGGAGAAACAAGUAAAAAUGAGGAGGUGGGUGGAGGUUGCUGGAGUCACACUGCCGUCCUGGGGUUUUUUAGAGUAGUGGCUGAUUUCCUUAAAGGUGAGGAGCAGGAUCUGGGAAUCUUGGCAAGCUCACGAGGAGAAUAUAAUCUGUUUGGGCAAAGGAACAAGAGCAGCAGCAGCACAGUUCAUCUGCACAGAAGAUCCACUGUGCUGAGAAGACCAAGACCACAGGGGAAUGUACAGAGCAACAUUGAUGCAGAAGAAGUGAACUUCACUUGGAAAAGGUCUUACACCCGCUGAGGAAAGAGAGGGUGGAGGACAAGACCAACAGAGAAAAUUAAGGUAAACAUCUUAUAUUACAGUUUGUCGAAUUCCUUUAUGUAGAAACAAGAGUCAGUCCACAGUUAGGGGGCAGUUAGUAGGUGGUGCUGUGCUUAUGUGGUUUUUCCCCUGCCUUUUCUUUCUCUUGCUUUCUGGAUGUAAAUAUCAACGAGUUUAAAACAAAUCCAGUAGGUGGCAGUAACGUCACUCUUAGGUUGCAAAGCUGUCAGUUAACCC